UUCUUUUUUCCAGGCAGAGCCCUGUCUUCUUUGACUACAUAAUUAUCAGCAUAAGGUCCAAAAAAUUCCAUAUCACUGUUAUACACUCCCUUUCCUUUUGUUUCUGAUUUCUGAAGAUCUCUUUGAACCAUGGGUAACCUGUUCUCAGUCUCAAUCUCGAUGCAGGACUCACUUCCAGGGUGCAAGGGUGGUACAGUUUUGCGAGCAAAGUAUAUUUGUGAAUUUGAAGAAAACAUUAAGGCUUUGAAGGAGGCCUUAGAAGAUCUAAAGGACUUCAGGAAUGAUGUGAAGAGAAAGGUUGAAAUGGGUGAGGGACAACCAAUGGAACAGUUGGAUCAGGUGCAGAGGUGGUUCUCAAGGGCAGAAGCUAUGGAAUUAGAAGUCGAUCAGCUGAUCAGAGAUGGGACUCGUGAAACACAAAAGUUUUGCCUUGGAGGUUGUUGCUCCAAGAAUUGUAUGUCUAGCUACAAGUUGGGGAGGAAACUGGUGAAAAAGGCCGAUGAUGUAGCCACUCUAAGGAGCACCAGACUUUUUGAUGGGUUGGCUGAUAGGUUACCUCCACCUGCAGUGGAUGAAAGACCUAGCGAGCCCACUGUGGGCUUCGAAUCUACUAUUGAUGAGGUCUGGAGCUGCUUGAGAGAAGAACAUGUGCAAAUUAUUGGCUUGUAUGGGAUGGGAGGCGUUGGGAAGACCACCCUCAUGACCCAAGUCAACAACGAGUUCCUUAAAACUAUUCAUCAAUUUGACAUAGUGAUUUGGGUUGUGGUUUCCAGAGACCCAAAUCCCGAAAAGGUUCAGGAUGAAAUUUGGAAGAAGGUAGGGUUUUGCGAUGAUAUAUGGAAAAGCAAAAGCCAAGAUGAGAAAGCCAUUAGCAUAUUCAGGAUCCUGGGCAAGAAAAAGUUUGUUUUGUUCUUGGAUGAUGUGUGGGAGCGGUUUGAUCUCUUAAAGGUGGGGAUUCCACUGCCAAACCAACAAAAUAAUUCCAAGCUUGUAUUUACGACACGAUCUGAAGAGGUUUGUGGCCGCAUGGGAGCUCACAGGCGAAUAAAAGUUGAGUGUUUGGCAUGGAAGCAAGCCUGGGACUUGUUUCAAAACAUGGUAGGAGAAGAUACCCUUAAUUCUCAUCCUGAAAUACCUCAGCUAGCUGAAACUAUUGUGAAGGAGUGUCUCGGAUUGCCACUAGCACUUGUUACCACAGGUCGGACCAUGGCUUGCAAGAAAGCACCUCAAGAAUGGAAAUUUGCAAUUAAAAUGUUACAAAGUUCAUCCUCAAGUUUUCCAGACAAUGACAUCUUCAAAGAAGACUUAAUCGACUGUUGGAUUUGUGAGGGGUUUUUAGAUGAAUUUGAUGACAGGGAUGGAGCUCGAAACCAAGGUUUUGACAUUAUUGGUUCCCUUAUUCGCGCAUGCCUCUUAGAGGAGAGUAGAGAAUAUUUUGUGAAAAUGCAUGAUGUGAUCCGUGAUAUGGCAUUAUGGAUAGCUUGCGAAUGUGGGAGAGUUAAGGACAAAUUUUUGGUUCAAGCAGGUGCUGGUUUGACUGAAUUACCUGAGAUUGGAAAAUGGAAAGGAGUUGAGAGGAUGUCAUUGAUGAGCAACCAUAUCGAGAAAUUAACACAAGUUCCUACAUGCCCGAAUCUCUUGACCUUGUUUCUCAAUAAUAACAGCUUGGAGGUGAUCACUGAUGGCUUCUUCCAACACAUGCCUCGGCUUCAAGUUUUGAACCUGUCAUGGAGCAGAGUAAGUGAACUACCCACUGAAAUAUUUAGAUUGGUUUCGCUACGAUAUCUUGACCUCUCAUGGACAUGCAUAUCACAUUUGCCAAAUGAGUUUAAGAACUUGGUGAAUUUGAAAUAUUUGAACUUGGAUUAUACACAACAACUUGGUAUAAUUCCAAGGCAUGUAGUAUCAAGUAUGUCAAGGCUGCAAGUGCUGAAAAUGUUUCACUGUGGUUUCUAUGGAGUCGGUGAAGAUAAUGUAUUGUCUGAUGGGAAUGAAGCCUUGGUGAACGAAUUGGAGUGUUUGAACAACUUGUGUGAUUUAAGUAUCACCAUAAGAAGUGCCUCUGCUCUCCAAAGGUGUUUAUGCUCUGAAAAGAUAGAGGGCUGUACCCAAGAUUUAUUCCUCCAGUUUUUCAAUGGUUUGAACUCUCUUGACAUAUCAUUUCUAGAAAAUAUGAAGCGGCUUGAUACGCUUCACAUCAGUGAUUGUACUACUUUAGCAGAUUUGAACAUCAAUGGGACAGAUGAAGGACAGGAGAUACUAACAUCUGACAAUUAUCUUGAUAACUCAAAGAUCACCAGCUUGAAAAACUUUCACAGUCUCCGCUCUGUACGAAUCGAAAGGUGCCUGAUGUUGAAGGACCUAACAUGGCUAGUUUUUGCUCCAAACCUUGUCAAUCUUUGGAUUGUAUUUUGCCGUAACAUUGAGCAAGUUAUAGACAGUGGUAAAUGGGUUGAAGCUGCAGAGGGAAGAAACAUGAGUCCAUUUGCUAAACUUGAAGACCUUAUUUUAAUUGAUUUACCAAAAUUGAAGAGCAUCUAUAGAAACACCCUGGCAUUCCCUUGCUUGAAAGAAGUCCGAGUGCAUUGUUGCCCCAAGUUGAAGAAGCUGCCACUCAAUUCCAAUAGUGCUAAGGGACGUGGAAUGGUGAUUUAUGGAGAAAAGGACUGGAGUAAUGAGCUGGAAUGGGAGGAUGAAGCCGCUCACAAUGCUUUUCUUCCUUGCUUUAGAUCCUGGUGAUGAACAACUGCUGUGCCGAGUAAUUAAUAGAAAAGGCUCCUUUGAAUUCCUGCAGUGAUAUGGUCGUUCUUCACAGUUUUACUUCAAAUUUAGUGUUUUAUUUUUAAUUGAAUUUCUUGGUUCUCCCAAUUCUGAUUCUUCUCAAUGACAAAGGAAGAAGAAAAAGAGAGAAUCCUUUAAUUCCCCACUGCCUGCCAUCUAUUCAUUCAAUUUUUCAU